AUGCGAUCUCUCAGUCUUUUUUGGGCUAUCGGCUCUUUCAUGAGAAUUGCACAAGCUGCUGCUUAUGUCGACUGGAAGACCUUCAAGGCCACAGGAGUGAACCUUGGAGGCUGGCUCGUCCAAGAAGCAGUUCUUGAUGCACCGUUUUGGGACGAGUAUGGCGGCAAUACUACUGACGAGUGGGGCUUCUGUGUCCGACUAGGCGCUCAAUGCGGCCCGGUCUUGGAACGGAGGUAUGCGACAUUCAUCCGUCCCGCCGACAUCGAUAAACUCGCCAAGGCCGGAGUCACCAUCUUGCGCAUCCCUACGAACUACGCUGCCUGGAUCAAAGUUCCCGGAUCACAGCUGUACACCGGCAAUCAGGUCCAGUUCCUGAAGACAAUUUCAACCUACGCCAUCACAAAGUACAACAUGCACGUCGUCAUUGAUAUUCACUCCCUACCGGGCGGGGUGAACGGCCUUGGCAUCGGCGAGAAGGAUGGCAACUACGGCUGGUUCAACAACAACACCGCUUUGGACUACUCUUAUCGCGCAGUCGAUGCUGUAAUCCAAUACAUCCAGACUUCAGGAUCUCCGGAGUCGUACACCAUUGCACCCAUCAACGAGCCGGUCGAUAACCGUGAUUUCUCAAAGUUCGGUACCCCUGAGGCUCUUAGCGAGAAUGGAGCUUCUUGGGUAGCCAAGUACAUCAAUGGGGUGCUUACUCGGGUUCGUGCAGUAAACGCAAAGAUUCCUGUUAUGUUUCAAGGCGGCUUUCGUCCCGAGACUUUCUGGUCACCGUACUUUACCGCUGAUCAGAACCUCGUUAUCGACGCCCAUCACUACUACUUCGCGGGCCGGCCAACCACAUCAGAGAACCUUCCCAGCUUCAUGUGCGAGGACGCAAAGGGUUCAGUCGGGGAUGGGAAAUUCCCGGUCUUCAUCGGAGAAUGGUCGAUUCAGGCUGUUAGCAACAAUACCUUCGCCAGCCGGGCCAAAAACCUGAACAAUGGGCUGAAUGUUUGGUCCAAGUACACUCAAGGAAGCACAUAUUGGACCGCCAAGUUUUCAGGAGAUGCUCCUGUCGAUGGCCAGGGCACGCAAAGCGACUAUUGGAAUUAUGAGGCAUUCAUCGAUUUGGGAAUCAUCAACCCCAGCUCGUCUGAGGGAUUUUGCCCCUGA